UUUUUGAUGAUAAUUUAAUGGCAACCAGGUGGAUGGCUCUUCGAGGCCACAGCGGCUCAGACUGCGUACGGAUUUACCUGACUGUGGCUAGGAAAUGGGCUUUCUUUGGAGCCACACUUUUUGCAGCAAAACCAACACCCUUUGAGAAUCCCAUUGUGUGGCUUGCCGUGCAUGAAGAUGGCAUCAGUGUCCUGGAACAUAACUCAAUGAGGCCCCUAUUCACGUACGCACACAGGAGUCUAAUGACCUUCGGAGGUCUCCGGGAUGACUUUAUGCUGGUGGUUAACAACGCUCCGACAAAGGACAAACCCUCGGAGAAACUUCUCUUUGCAAUGGCGAAACACAAGAUACUGGAGAUCACUCUACUCAUCGCCAGCUACAUCAAUAUGUAUCAUCAGCAGAAAGUGACGGCUCACCACCUCUCCGCCCCGGCCCUCUUGUCUGCCCAGGCCACUGAGUCGAAAGCAAAACUGAUGGGCAGCCAACCCCUCUUAUCAAGCAACAGGCCAACCAAAGGCCCAACUUUGCUAUGAGUAUUAGGCAUUGAAUGACCAUUUUGUGCCCAAACCACAUUCACGGAACAGCACAUUCUGAAGUUCUGAAAAUCUCCAGAAUAUGUCAGAGUAGAAUAUUUGUUACCAUGAAUGUACCCACAUCUACCUUUGUUACAGUGGCAACGUGGUACCAAGUGGCCAACCCACCUCAGGAGAAUCCAUACCUCCCACAAAUUCUCCCACACCCUUAUUGCGUCUGUGAUCUGGGAUUGUCCCUCAAAGAAUGGGAACAUGGGGAGUUAUAUAUCAAUUUUGCUAAGAUAUCUUUGACCUGUUAAUAUGGAAUGUGCCACGGAUCAUGCAUGCCACUUUUUUGUUCAUAUUGUAUACGUAUGCAUUAUGGAGCACAAUAUGGCUGCCACUAGGGUUGCCACCUGGCCAGUAUUUUACCAGCCUGGCCAGUAAAAAUAAUGCUUGAUGCCAAUGUUAUUAAUAGGAAAAAACGUCAAGAAUGAAGGAAGGCCGGUAUUUUUUUCCAGAAAAGGUGGCAACCAUAGCUGCCACGUUUAUAAUAGCAGAAUAAUACCACACUAGUUGGUUGCUAGGCCAAUCCUCAGAGCAGGUGGGGCUGGAGUAUUAAACAUCAUACCUCCCAAAAUUCCAUAUGUAAUAAUGGGACAUUUAGGCUAUGCCACCCACCCACCUCUCUCAGCCAUUUCCAAACCAUGACUAUUAGUGGUCAAACCAUGACCAUUAGUGAUGUGUGGGCUAGCCUGAAACCCAUGGGACCCGUGGUUUGGGCAAACUUCUGCACAAGAUUGCUGGGUUGUGGGCAGGUUUGAGUUGAGCUCUUCCUUCUGCUCUACCCACCUUAAGGUGGCCAUACACUAUAAGUUCCACUCGUUGCAAGGUCAACAAAUGAGUGGAUCUUUCCCCGAUAUGCCCACCCAAUAUUGGGCUAAUCCAAUCGUUUAAUCCAAUUGGGCUAAUCCAAUUUUUGGCCAGAUAUCGGUCAGGGAGGCCUGUUGGAACACUCAAUACACGGGCUGAAUCGGUCUAAAGGAUCCGAAUUGGUAUCUUAAAGGAAUUCUGUCAUGAUUUUAAUGGUCAUUUUUAUUUCU